CCAACACACACCGACAAAGCGCUGUGCAAUGUCGUUCACCGUGCGCGUAUGUUACUAUUAUUGACGAUUUGCGGUCGAACAUGAAUGAAACGUGUGCGGUGCAUUUUAAAUUUUGUGUUUGUUUUUGUGAAAAUUUCGUUUAUCUUGUGUUACACAAGUGGUUUUUAAUUUGUGCGUAAGAUGGAAAAUAUUUAUCACGAAACUGAAGAUGGAUUUGUGUAUCAUAUGGCUACUAUGGGAUAUGAGAACAAUACAGGUUGUCUUCUAGAUAGUGCUCCUCGACCUCCAGAUGUUCCCCCAAGAAAUCCAACAAUGAGUCGUCUUAACGGCAGAUUAGCGUCUGCACCUCCAGCAGAUUUAACACAAGAUUUUGAACCUUCUUGUCUGGUUCGAACACCGUCAGGAAAUGUAUACAUUCCAAGUGGUACUCUAAGUCAUCCCAAGAACCCGACAAUCGAUUACAAAUCGCAGUCGUCUUGCAGCAGCCCCUCGAAGGACGUGAAGAACCCGGACCGUAUGGCGUUGCCCUACGGCGGUCAGGUGCCAUGCCUGCCGGUGAGGAACAACCUGCGACGGCCGAACUCGACGCACUUCCCGCAGCCGAGCCGGUUCCAUUUCAGGAAGGGUCUGGCGUCGCGGUGCUCGUGGAAAUGCACCGCGCUCAUUUUCAUCAUGCUGUCCGUCGUGCUGACGGUGGCACUCUCCUUCCUUUCAGCGUCAAGUAUACUUAAUUGGUCAUAUCAGAACACGAAACCGUGUACCGUACUCGUAGGCGACAACACCGAAAUCGUACCGCUGUCCAAGACAGCCGACUCGACUGAAACGAAUCUGUCGACAAUCGGCAGACCAAAAUCACCAACCACAUCCACCAACAGUGCGACUGGCGGAGGAGGAGGAGGAGGAGGAGGUAACUAUGCCGUACCGAUUUACAGUCGCAAACGUAGAGAAAGUAAUCCACUGCAUGCUUUUGUGUUGUCCAAUGCUACCAAUUCUAGUAGUUCCAGUACCACCGAGCAUGAUUUGCAUGACAGUGUUUUGCAUGAAUCUGUAGAACAGACUUCUGAGACUUCCGUUUCUGUUAAUAUUCCCUCUGAACUAAGCACAACAGAGCCCACACUCGAAACUACUUCUAUUAGUGAAGAUGUUGAUUAUUUGGAUAGUAGUAGUGAGGUGGUUUACAGUACUUCAAUUGCUUCUGAAGAAAUGGUGCUUUCAACUGAACAAAACACCAAACCACCUGAAAUUGAAACAGCGAAAAACGUACUUGAUCUCAAUAAUAGUGAAGAGGCAGACGAAGACUCAAGUGAAAUAGACUCAGAGAGUUUGGAUGAUAUUUCGCUUGGUACUAUGUUCGAAAAGUCAGCUAAAGAUGAGGCUAAAUUCAACAUAAAAAUAAAAGACAAAAAUAUAUUCAACUCUUCCGAGUUACAACAAGAUUCACCCGUUUAUCACUUCGGAAGCGAAGAAAUAGAAUUCGUGAAACUCAAUGGCCAAACAACAUCUAAACCAAAGUUAAACAAAGAACAAUUUCCAGAAGAAACGAAUAAAACCGAGGCCAAUUCUAAGGAACUGACAGACUCUAACUUGUCAGUCUACCCGUUAAACCACGAUGAACUGGGCUUGAAGAAAGUGCAAUUCAAUGAUCCGAUAGUGUUGAGUAACAAUACUAACCAAAGCAGUGUUGUUCAAGAUUUUAACCUUAAUGAACCAGCUCAGCCUAACAUAAAAAUUAUAAAAGUGCCACCUGUCAGCUCACCUAAUGCAAGCAAUGCGAAAAGAGUUCUUGUCAAUGUUACCAUAGCUACUGAUCCUGACUCUAACAAUCCUUACGCUGCCCAUUCGGUCUACGUGCUUUCUGUAUCCGUUCCGACUGACGGUGACCCCAAUGUAGAACCUGGCGUUAACAUAGACACAAAAACAGAACCACCUGUGCCAGAAAAGCCCGUUGAAAAUGCUUGCCCUAAAGAGAGUGAACCUUGGAACCAGACAUGCGAGUGUGUCUGUCCGUGUUUGGAUGAUUCCAAAGAGAGUAGCUCUAAAAAUGACAAAAAUAGUGAUUACGAAAUACUCUUAGGUGGUUUAGAAGUGUUGGAAUCUGACACUACUACGGAAACACCAUCAACUGAAAGUACGACCGUUAAGGCAGUCUCUUGUCCCGAAGCGACGACUAAACUUCCACCACCGCCCACUAUUCUCAUACUCGAAGGUGCGCAUACAUUCCCCGCGCAAUCAUUUCCUCCAGACGGUACUACCUUCCAACAAGUACUUCUCGGACAAAGACUGUCCAAAGAGAUUCCUCCAUAUGGAUAUUGGAACAUGCAAUUUUAUCAAUCAGAAGCCGCUUACGUCAAAUUUGACUAUAGCAUUCCCAGAGGAGCCAGCAUCGGUGUUUAUGCCAGAAGAAACGCAUUGCCAACGCACACGCAAUACCAUAUCUUGGAGGUCCUUAGUGGAUUCAAGGCCAGAACCACUAGAGCUUCAUAUUCUGCUGUUAAAAAAGAAGUAACUCACUACAUGGAACAAGGUCACUGGUUCUUGUCACUCUACAACGAUGAUGGCGAUCCCCAAGAGGUAAACUUCAUUGCUGCUGUAGCUGAUGACAUGACCCACAACUGUCCCAAUGGAUGCAGUGGAAAAGGUGAAUGUCUUAUGGGACAUUGUCAGUGCAAUCCUGGUUUUGGCGGUGACGACUGCAGCGAGAGCGUGUGCCCCGUUCUCUGUAGCCAGAGAGGUGAAUACAUCAACGGCGAGUGCCAGUGCAAUCCUGGCUGGAAAGGAAAGGAAUGUCAAUUAAGGCAUGAUGAAUGCGAAGUGCCGGACUGCAACGGUCACGGGCAUUGUGCUAACGGCAAAUGCAACUGCAUUAGGGGUUACAAGGGAAAAUUCUGUGAAGAGGUGGACUGUCCCCAUCCUAACUGUUCAUCGCAUGGAUACUGUGUCGAAGGCACGUGCAUUUGCAAAAAGGGCUGGAAAGGUCCGGAAUGCGCGGACAUGGAUAAAGACGCUCUUCAGUGUUUGCCUGACUGUUCCGGACAUGGCACCUUUGAUUUGGACACUCAGACUUGCACAUGCGAACCCAGAUGGUCUGGGGACGAUUGUUCCAGAGAAUUGUGUGAUUUGGACUGUGGAAAUCAUGGACAUUGUGUUUCUGACGCGUGUCAAUGCGAUCCUGGCUGGUCCGGCGAAUACUGCAAUAUGAAACUUUGCGAUGCAAGGUGCAAUGAACACGGCCAGUGCAAAAACGGCACAUGUCUCUGUGUCACAGGCUGGAAUGGAAGACACUGUACAAUGGAAGGUUGCCCCAACAGCUGCUCAUCUCAUGGUCAGUGCAGAUUCAACACUGACUCAAUGUGGGAGUGCAGAUGUGAAAGUGGCUGGUCUGGUAAAGACUGCAGCAUACUGUUGGAACAGAAUUGCAAUGAUGGACGAGACAAUGAUAAAGAUGGUUUGGUUGACUGUGAAGAUCCCGAAUGUUGCUCGAAUCAUGCCUGCAAAUCAAGCCAACUAUGUGUUUCCUCGCCUAAACCCAUUGAUAUUCUCCUCAGAAAACAACCGCCAGCGAUUACAGCUUCAUUCUUUGAAAGAAUGAAGUUCUUAAUUGACGAAGGCAGUUUACAAAAUUAUGCCCGUCAAGACACAUUUAAUGAGAGCCGGGUUGGUGUAGUCCGUGGACGAGUCGUUACCCAAAUGGGCACCGGUCUCAUGGGAGUGCGCGUAAGUACUAACACACCUCUGGAGGGAUUCACGCUGACCAGAGAUGACGGUAUGUUCGACCUUCUGGUGAACGGAGGUGGCGCAGUUACAUUGCAAUUCGGACGAUCGCCUUUCCGACCUCAGAGUCAGGUUGUGGUGGUUCCAUGGAAUGAAGUUGUUAUUGUUGAUAAUAUAGUUAUGACAACUGGAGAAGAGAAAGCAAUAACGUACAUACAACAACCAUGUGCUUUCCACGAUUAUGACACUAUGAAACCUGUUGUCCUUGCGACCUGGAAACAUGGAUUCCAAGGAGCGUGUCCAGACAAGAGUGCCAUAUUAGCGGAGUCGCAAGUGGUACAAGAAAGUUUCCAAAUCCCGGGAACAGCCCUGAAUUUGGUCUACCAUAGUUCGAGAGCAGCCGGCUAUUUAUCAACGAUACAAUUACAAUUAACUCCUGAAAAAAUACCAGCUACUCUCAAAUUAGUUCAUUUGAGAAUUACCAUUGAAGGAAUAUUAUUUGAGAAGACAUUUGAAGCCGAUCCAGUUAUUAAAUUCACUUACGCAUGGAAUCGUCUUAACGUAUAUAGACAGAGGGUAUAUGGUGUUACAAAUGCCAUUGUAAAAGUUGGAUAUCAAUACAACGAUUGUAAAGAUAUUAUUUGGGAGGUGCAAACAACCAAACUCAGUGGACAUGACAUGAGUAUUUCUGAUGUUGGUGGUUGGAACUUGGAUAUUCAUCACAGAUAUAACUUCCAUGAAGGCAUACUACAAAAAGGAGACGGUUCCAAUAUUUAUUUAAAACACAAGCCGCGAGUAAUUUUAACAACAAUGGGAGAUGGACAUCAAAGACCUUUGGAAUGCAUGGACUGCAAUGGACCAGCUUCUAAACAAAGGUUACUUGCUCCUGUUGCCUUAGCGAGCACACCAGAUAGUUCCUUGUAUGUGGGUGAUUUUAACUUGAUCAGAAAAAUAUCAGCUGAUGGAGUUUCCAGAACUAUAGUCAAAUUAAAUGCAACCAGAGUAUCUUACCGCUAUCACAUGGCGUUGAGCCCAUUCGAUGGAACUCUCUACAUAUCAGAUCCAGAAUCUCACCAGAUAAUCAAAGUGAAAGACACAAAUGACUACAGUAACCCAGAACACAAUUGGGAAACUGUUGUUGGAUCUGGAGAACGUUGUUUACCAGGUGACGAAGCCCAUUGUGGUGAUGGAGCUUUGGCAAGAGAUGCGAAAUUAGCAUAUCCCAAAGGAGUGGCUGUAUCCAACGACAAUAUCCUUUACUUCGCUGAUGGUACCAACAUUCGUAUGGUAGAUAGAGACGGUAUUGUCACCACUGUUAUUGGAAAUCACAUGCACAAAUCUCACUGGAAACCUUUACCUUGUGAAGGUACUUUGAACAUUGAAGAAGUACAUUUACGCUGGCCGACAGAACUAGCCAUAAGUCCUCUAGAUAACACUCUACAUAUCAUUGAUGACCAUAUGAUUCUUCAACUAACUUUAGAUGGUAGAGUUAAAGUCAUUGCUGGAAGGCCAUUGCAUUGUGCAUCACCGAAUGUCGGAUACGAUAUUGAACUGGCCACACACGCAACUCUAGUCAUGCCGCAAAGUAUUGCGUUCAGUUCAUCUGGAGAAUUGUUUGUUGCUGAAAGUGACUCUCAAAGAAUUAACAGAGUUAGAGUUAUUAGCACAGAUGGCAAAAUAUCUCCAUACGCCGGAAUCGAAUCUAAAUGUAACUGCCUCGAAAGAGGUUGCGAUUGUUAUGAAGCUGACCAUUUCCUUGCUACCAACUCCAAAUUUAACACCAUUUCAGCUGUUACAGUUAGUCCAAAUGGACACGUUCACAUUGGAGAUCAAGCAAAUUACAGAAUCAGAUCAGUUAUGGCUAGCAUCCCAGAUGCCAGUACCACCAGAGAAUACGAAAUUUACUCUCCCGAAACCCAAGAAAUCUAUAUAUUCAAUAGAUUUGGUCAACAUAUAUUUACCAAGAAUAUUUUAACUGGCAACACAAUGUAUGUAUUUACUUACAACGUGAAUACUAGCAACGGUAAACUGAGUACAGUCACUGAUGCAGCUGGCAACAAAAUCUUCCUGCUCCGUGAUUACGCUGCUCAAGUAAACUCGAUUGAAAAUACCAAAGGACAAAAAUGCAGAUUGCGAAUGUCCAGAAUGAGGAUGUUGCAUGAAAUUACAACUCCAGACAACUAUAAUAUUACAUUUGACUAUCAUGGACCAAGUGGACUGUUGAAAACUAAACUUGAUAGCAGCGGAAGGGGUUACAUCUAUAACUAUGAUGAAUUUGGAAGACUGACCUCUGCGGUGGCUCCAACAGGAAAAGUUAUUGGUCUUAACUUUGACCUUAGUUUGAAGGGAGCUACUGUGAAGGUAACACAGAACAACAAGAAUCCUGUUUCUAUGCUGAUUAAGGGCUCCAGUGUUUCAACUAAAGUUGACGAAGCUGAGAACCGAUUUAUUUUAUUGUCUGAUGGUAGUGUGGGAACAAUGACACCUUGGACACAUAGUGUAACAACUGAUACUGUACCAUAUAAUAUACUAACAGAGAAAGACCCAGUUCUGGGAGAAAGUUAUCCUGUUCCUGCUAAACAACGUACUGAAAUUGGAGGAGACUUAGCUAAUAGAUUCGAAUGGAGAUAUUUUGUCAGACCAAAUCAAAACGGAAAACCGAAAGGUCAAAGGAUUGUCACCAAGGUUGGUAAAAAGUUGAGAAUCAAUGGAGAAAACCUACUCACUAUUGAAUAUGACAAAGAAACAUCAUCAGUCUCGGUCUUCAUGGAUGAUAAGGUUGAAUUACUAAACGUUAGCUACGAUAAAUCGGCGAGACCGAUUAAAUUCGGAUUGAGAAACGGAAUAUUUAAAGAAGUUGAGCUGGAAUACGACAGAUUCAGCAGACUAAGCAAAUGGCAAUGGGGUGAAUUAAGUGAGAAAUAUGAAUUUGAUAGAGCAGGAAGAUUAAACGAAAUCAAAUAUGCUGAUGGAUCUUCACUAAUUUACACCUUCAAGGACAUGUUCAGUAGCUUGCCAUUGAAGGUUACAACACCUAGAGGAUCCGACUAUCUUCUCCAAUAUGAUGACGCCGGUGCACUUCAGUCUUUGACCACUCCAAGAGGGCACAUCCACGCUUUCACCCUUCAGACCUCACUAGGCUACUUCAAGUACCAGUACUAUUCACCAAUGAACAGACAUCCGUAUGAAAUCGUAUACAAUGACAACGGACAAAUUUUGGCCAAGGUUUAUCCACACCAAUCCGGCCGCGUUUCCUACAUCUACGACACCAAUGGAAAAUUGGUCGCCAAUUUGGCUGGAAUGAGCUCAAUUCGUUACGUCUAUCACGACGUAUUGAACUUAGUGAAGAAUAUUGAAAUUGUAGAACCCAACUUUGAAAUGAGACAAGAGUUCAAAUACCACGCAGGUAUUCUCAAAGAUGAAAAAUUGAAAUUCUUAACAAAGAAUGGCUUAGAUAACGCUCAUUACAAGUAUCAAUACGAUGGUAAUGCUAGAUUAUCGUCAAUUGACGUAGAUAUCAAUGGCAAAGAGUUGCCAGCUCUUAGAUUAAAAUACAAUCAAAACUUGGGCAACUUAGAAGGUAUAAGUGACUUAAGAGUUUAUAGAAACACGUUUAAUAGAUCUGUAAUGCAAGACACAAGCAAACAGUUCUUCACAAUUACAGAUUACGAUGAUCAUGGUAGGAUUAAGACAAUCUUAAUUAAUAUUAAGUCAUUUGAUGUCUUUAGACUAGAACUAGAGUAUGAUUCUCGUAAUAGAAUAAAAUCCCAACAGAUGCUUGUGGGAAGAAGCCAGUUUAUGGAUAAAUUUACCUACAAUUCUGAUGGACACGUUUUGGAAGUCGUUGGUACAAAUAAUUGGAAAUACGUAUAUGAUGAAAAUGGUAACAUUAUUGGAGUAAUAAAGGAGAAAGAGAAAAUUACGUUAGGUUAUGACAGUGGAGAUCGAGUCGUACAAUAUGGCGAUGUGGAAUUCAACAGUUAUGACAACCGAGGUUUUGUAGUGAGAAGAGGUGAACAGAAGUACAGAUACAACUCAAGGGGACAACUCAUACAUGCAUUUGAAAGGGACAAAUUCCAAACAUGGUAUUAUUAUGAUGACAGAGGUAGAUUAAUUUCAUGGAAUGAUGACAAGGGCAAUGUUACACAAUACUUUUACUCAAAUCCUACCACACCAGACUUGGUAACGCACGUUCACUUCCCGAAAACAAGUAGAACAUUUAGAUAUUUAUACGACGCUCAGAACGUUAUCAUUACUGUGGAAACAUUCGAACAGAGAUUCUACGUGGCUUCUGAUCAAAAUGCGUCACCACUUGCCCUAUUUGACAUUAAUGGCAAUUUAAUAAAGGAAAUUAGAAGAACGCCCUUCGGUAGCAUUACUUUUGAUAGCAACCCCGACUUCUAUUUACCAGUUGAUUUCCACGGUGGAAUCUUAGAUCCCAACACCAAAUUAGUAUACAUCAACAAGAGAUUGUAUGACCCCUCUGUUGGUCAAUGGAUGACUCCUGCGUGGGAGAACCUCGCGUCACAAUUAUUAAUGCCCACGGACAUUUUCAUCUACAGAUUUAGAAAUAACGAUCCCAUCAACGGCAAAAUGUCCACAGAUUACAUGACUUCUAUUAAGGCCUGGUUGAAGAUGUAUGGUUAUGAUAUGAAUAGAAUGUUGGGAUCUGAAUACAUUAAUCAGAUGGUGUACAAACCACAAGCAAUGAUUACUUCACCACAGCUAUCACCUGAUCUGGGAGUUAUGUCUGGACUUCAAUGCAUCGUCGGCAAGAUAAAUGAAAAAUUCAUCGACUUGGACUUCAUUCCGAUGUCGCUAUUGAAGAUUGAACCAAAAUCGAGAAAUCUGCUACCUAAAGUAGCUUACAGAAAAUCGGUGUUCGGUGAAGGUGUUUUGAUCUCUCGUAUUGGAUCUAGAGCACUAGUGAGCGUAGUUGACGGUGUAAACGGUGUAGUGCAAGACGUCGUAACAUCCGUAUUUAAUAACUCUUACUUCCUGAACCUUCAAUUCAACAUUCAUGACCAGGACGUAUUCUAUUUCGUCAAAGAUAAUAUAUUAAAAAUACGAGACGAUUUGGAAGAACUAAGAAGGCUGGGAGGCCUAUUUAACGUAUCAACCCAUGAAAUAACCGAUCACGGAUCAAACACGCCAAUCAAAGAAUUACGUUUGCACAAUCCGGACGCAGUGGUUAUCAUCAAAUACGGUGCAGAUCCGGAAGUAGAAACGCACAAGAUUUUGAGACAUGCGCACAAAAGAGCUGUCGAAAGAGCUUGGGAACUCGAGAAGCAACUAAUAGCUUCCGGGUUCCAGGGCAGAAACGAUUGGACUGAAGAAGAGAAGGAAGAACUAGUCUCCCAUGGAGACGUAGAUGGCUAUGAGGGUGUCGACAUUCACAGCAUCCACAAAUAUCCACAACUCGCUGAUGAUCCUGGCAAUGUUGUAUUCCAAAGAGACACUAAGCGCAAGCGACGAAAGAGUGGGAACAGAAGGGGUAGAAUACACAGACACGAACAGUGACAGUUUAAUCAGUGAUAUAUAAUUAAGGAAAAACAGCAGAAAUAUUUUUAUGUGCCAUAAACAUGACAUCAAAUCAAAUACUAGUCAUUCUAAGCAUAAUGUAACUUAUUAUAUAGAAAACAAAAUACUAUUUUUUAAUAAACUCAUGGCUAUAAUAUUUUUAGAAUAAAUAAAUAAAUAAAUAAAUUGUGGAUAAAGAGCCGUGAACUGUCCAAUAAUUGUAAAUGUAUUGUGUACAAGCAAUCAAAAUGGCCUAUAAAAUAAAAAUGUGAAUGACGCUGUGUCUCGUACAGGGUAUGGGACAGGAAAAGACUUUGCACAUAGUAAGAGAAAAAAACUGUAAAUAUAUCACAUGCUUUUUAUAUGGAACUAAAUAGAACUGCUAUGAGAUGAGUAUCGAAUCGAAUAAUUUUUUGUGCUGCAUCUUCUUAUGAUGAUUUUUUGGAAAAGAUCGUCAUUGAUCGUCGUAGCAUUUGACUGAAUACUUAAUAAUGAUCCGUAAUCCUAGAGGCAUAACGGAAGUAAAUAGUCCAUAGAUGUAUAUAUUUAUUUAUAAUUGCAAUUAAGUUUAUAAAUUCUAUACCUUGGUGCUUGUCUUCUCUAAACAAAUCUAAAUUAGUAGAUUUUGGACCGGAAUUUCGGACAAGUUGGAUGAAUCAUUAGAAUAGCGUACUACUUGAUAGUUCCGUAUCAAAUCGGUUGCAUAUUAAUAUCUGUAUUGUACUCCAAUCUAAUCUAAAGUCAUAAGUUAUGUAAUUACAAUGAUCCGACUUAAGUUUAGAUUGAAAACAUAGGAUUAGAUAUGGAACGAUCUCUCUACUGAAUCAUGUUAUGCAUAUUAAAUAAAUAGUGAAUGUAUCUCCGCCGAAUAUAAAAAAUGUUUGCCAAUAGCUGUUAUGUACUCAACUUAAAUGGUCUUAGGUACUGCUGUUGUAAUGAUAAAUGUACACUUUAUCAAUUUUUCUACACACCUCUCUCCUCUGUCUGUAUCCAACUGUUUAGUUGCGUUCUCCUAUUUUGGAUCGUAAAGGGACAUUUUUCUAAAGCGUUAGGUAGGGGGCGAUCUGCCAAAACAAGGAUAAGUGAUAUUUUUUCUAUUCUAUUGUGACUAACACAAGCAAUACUUUGUACCAUAUUAUAUACUUAUUAAUUAUUACCUAUUAUAUUGUAAACGAUUGUGCAAUUGUUGUUAGGUCCGGGUCAUUCCUUGACCAGCACUAGAACGCAUUAAGGGAAAAAAAAACAUUAAUGACCAUUUUAAUCGUAAAAUAUUCAACAACUGAUAUUUUAUGUGUGUAUAUAUAAAUUUAUUGUGUAUAUUGUUUUUAUAUGUAAAUAUACUUUGUUUUAUUCAGUAAUAUAACGUAAUCGUUUAUUAAAUACAGAAGUAUUUCUGAC